UCAAACCAGUGCGCUCACGCACACUCUCGCAAAACCCAUCUGUCAGUGCGCGCUGGUGUGAAAACAGAUGACACAAAAAGAACACAAUGUUAUCAAUAUUUCGGGUGCAUUUUUUUCCUCGUCGAUAAUCAUCGGUCUUGAAUCAUCGGGCCGUUUUGCUCAAUGCUAUCGGUUCCCAAUCGGUCAUUUCCUGCAUCGUGCACCGUGAACCCGCAUCGGAAGGCAGCGUAGCGCAGCACCGUGGCAACGAAGCAAAACCACGCCAGUAAGCUGUGAAACACAAAAGAAUGGUGUCCUCUCCUGCGGAACGAUUGGCGACGGAUUCGUCCGACACGACGGAUGAGGAACCGGAAAAGGCGGCCGAACCACCAAACACGGCCGAAUGUGAUUCGCUGCACAGUGGCCGCCAGCUCGUCCACACCAUCCUCCCGAUCAAUGUGGACGUCAUGUUCGAGCUGCUGUUUUCCCGUUCCAAGUUCCUGACGGAGUUUCACGAGGUGCGCAAAACGACCGACAUGGUGCCGGGCGAGUGGAAGGUGAACAAGGACGGGCUGAAGGAGCGGGUCGUGACGCUCACGAUUGCCAUUACGCAAACGAUCGGACCGAAAAAUGCCCACGUCACCGAAACGCAGGUGAUGCGCAAGUGCUCCCUGCCCGGCCACCUGUACGCGAUCGAUGUGACCGCGGUGCAGGGCGGCAUACCGUACGCGGACAGCUUCUACGUCACGCAGCACUACUGCAUGUCGCGCACGGUCGACAACCACACGGUGUUUUCGGUGCACGCACAGGUCCACUACCGCAAGUCCAUCUUCGGGUUUGUGAAGGGAUUCAUCGAGAAGAACACCUGGGUCGGGUUGGAGGAUUUCUACACGUCGCUGUUGCGCAAUCUGCAGAGCGAGUACUGCAUUCCGCCGGCCAAGAGCAAGGGCCGCCGUACGCGCCGUAGCGUACACGCGCAAAACAAGGCGAUCGAGGAGACGAUCAUCCUGGCGGACCACCAUACCAAAGUGAAACCGGUCCGAGUUCCGACGGUUGUGGUGGGGGGUGGCGGUGGGCUGCCACCCCGGUCAUCCAAAUCGGGCUACAAGAGGUUCGUGGCGUUUAUGCUGCUGGUGUUGCUGGUGGUCAACACGACGCUCUACACGAAGCUGCUACAGAUGGAGGAUAUGGAGCGAAUGUCCCGGUUGGACAAUAGCGAAGAGCUGGACUCGCUGCUGCUUGCCAAAACGGUGCGAACGCGCAACGAUUGGCUAACGAUCUUUCAGCAGCAGGAAUCGCGAUACAACGACGAGAUGCUCGAGUGGCAAAAGGUCCUGUCGACCGUGACGGAAAUGCUGAACAAGGCGAGCGUACUGUGCACGAAGCUGUGCCGGAUGCCGGACAACGGAACCAGCAGCGAAAGUGGAGGGUAAGGAGAGUGCGUGGGGGUGUAUAGAUAAGCGAUAUCGGUCUGUUCCUUGUUUGUAUUAUACUUUUAUUCGAUUUCGGUCGGCGGCCACGAUGCUUGAUCGAUCGGCCAAUUCCCUGGGGCAAAUGGAGGCGCGCACUGUUGUACACUUUUAAUGUAAAAUAUACAUUUAUUUUCUGCGAA